UGUAACGCCAACUACCGUCAUAAGUAUGACAUCAUCGGCCACGGUCAGUGGUACAGUUUCCACCAUGCCGUUUCAAACCACUUGCAGUCGACCGCAACCCCGAUUCGGAACUCGGUACAACGGAACCAUGACGAUCUACUAUAGCCCGGGUGAUGUUCUGGAAAUUAAGUGCGACACUGGCUUCAAAGUCAACUUCGAACCACCAACUAUUAUCUGUAUGAAUGAUGGCCGUUGGAAGCCCUCGAAUGUCUCAUGUGAAAUAGAUAGCGGUAAUCCUAAUAGACUGGCAGAACCGAAGACGAUCGGCGGUGCAGUAGGAGGAAUAUGUCUUGUGAUACUACUCAUUGUAAUUAUUAUUGUAGUAGUCCGUCGAAGAAAGAGACAUCCCGUGAAGACUCUUCAUGGAGAUAAGCAACUCGAUGAUCCCUACAUGGACUUGGUGCCAACCGCCUCACCAUCAUCCCCCUACGAAACUUUAGGUACUGGUUCUAUGGGAGAGGCCCUGGGAAAUCUGUAUGAGAACGGACCAGUUGCUACUCAGUGUCAGUAUGCCAAUCAAAUACAGAACCAAGAUCAGCAUACGUAUGACUUUAUUUGAGCGAGAUUGAGAGAAGUCAUUCGAUGUGGGGUAUCAUAGCUAAAAUUAAAGGUGAAAU